AUGCGCGUCUCAGCACUCGCCUUUGCGUCCGUAGCGCUAGCUGCACGACCCUUUCUCAACGAGCCUAACACAGGCAUUGAGGACCAGCUCGGCUCUAUCGUCCCCAAUGGCACGCUUGCGCCUCUCGAGAACAUUGUUGGCCUUCCCGACUUUGAAUGGGCAGCCCGCAGGUACAUGAACACCUCCUCAUACACAUACUACCGCAACGGUGCUGCUGGCGAGUGGUCGUACCGCAACAAUCUUGAGGUCUUUACACGCCACCGUCUCCGACCCCGCGUCCUAAACGACAUCACCAACGUUGCCGCUUCGCUGCCUACUACCCUGCUGGGUCACAAUUUCUCGGCGCCUUUCUUUAUCUCCCCAUGCGCUCGCGGCGGCUACGCCCAUCCUGACGGAGAGUUGAACUUCGUCAAGGGCGCUGCCGCUCGUGAUAUCCUGUACAUGCCAUCGCUCUACUCUUCCCAGAGUUUUGAUGCCAUCUAUGCUGAGGCCGCCAACACCACCCAGCCUCUCUUCCAGCAGGUUUACCUCACCAACAACCUGACUGAGACCCAAGCGCUCUUCACCAAGAUUGAGAAGACGGCCAAGGCCAAGGCCAUCAUUCUCACCGUCGACUCUCCAGGUGACGGCAUUCGCCACCGCGCAGCCCGCUACGGUGUCGGCUCCGCGGACAUCAACCUCAGUCUGCUGACCUGGGACUUGUACCGUCAGUUCUCGGAAAUGACUUCCCUUCCCAUCAUUCCCAAGGGUAUCCAGACUGUCGAAGACGCACAGGAGGCGAUCAAGAACGGCGCCAAGGCUAUCUUCCUCUCCAACCACGGUGGACGCCAACUUGACACUUCACCCUCGUCUCUCGAGAUCGCGCUCGAGAUCAACCGCGAGGACCCUGAUCUGUUCAAUCAGGUUGAGGUCUACGCUGACGGAGGCGUGAGGUAUGGUUCUGAUGUCCUCAAGCUUUUGGCUCUUGGCGUCAAAGCUGUCGGUCUGGGCAGGCCAUUCAUGUACAGCAAUGUCUACGGAGCUGAGGGUGUCGAGAAGGCCAUUGACAUUCUGAAAUACGAGCUUAUCAACGAUGCGGCGAACUUGGGUGUGGGUGACCUGAAGAAGAUUGGUCCUCAGUAUGUGGACUUCAAGAACAGCAUCAACAACUGGUACAGCUAG